AUGAGUGCUGGUUGUACUUACUGGGCCAACUCCAUCUUGUCGACCGAUACAUGUGCCGCAUUGGAGAGCUUCUACGGCAUCACCGUCGCGCAGCUAGUUUCCUGGGAUCCUGCAGUCAAACCGACUACCACCAAGGCAACGAACGCUACUACCAAGACAACAAGCACUUCCAAGCUUACUACUACUACCGCAACAGCCGCAUCAGGUCCGUCUCCUGCACAGGCAGGAUUGAUCCCAGCCUGCAAUGCCUUCUAUUUUGUGCAAUCAGGUGAUUACUGCGCUGGCAUUACAAGUACUUAUGGCAAUUUCACCUUGGAUCAAUUCUACUCAUGGAACCGCGCUGUCAAAAAUGACUGUACCGGUCUUCAGGCAGGUUACUAUGUCUGUGUCGGAGUCACCGGCUCUACUACUGUCACUACAACUACCUCGAAAACUACAACGGCGCCCGCAACAACUACCACUUCCCCCUACUCCCCUCAGCGAAGUGGGAUUGUGUCCACCUGUAAGAGCUACUACUUCGUGGGAUCUGGUGACACAUGCGCCGUAAUCGCCGCCGAGUACGGCAUCUCGUUGAGCAACUUCUACUCCUGGAAUCCCGUCGUAGGAUCAACUUGCGGUGGCCUUCAGGCAGGCUACUGGGUCUGCGUUGGUAUCUCCACUACAACCACGACCAUCACCAAGACAACCACAAGCGCAGCCUCUACCUCUACCGCAACCGGACCAUCCCCAACACAAGCCGGAAUUGCCCCCAACUGCGCAACCUACUACAGAGCAGUAUCAGGUGACAGCUGCUGGUCCAUCGUGAACGAGAAGUACACAUAUCUGACGACCGACAAGUUCUAUUCAUGGAACCCGGCGGUUGGCUCUACCUGCAGUAAUCUGCAGGUGGGGUACUACUACUGCGUAACAACUGCAAGUGAAGCUCCCAUGCCGAACACAAUCAGCACCUGUAAAGCGUGGCAUCAUGUGUAUCUGGUGAUAGCUGCUGGGCGAUUGAACAGCAAUAUUCAAUCACUGCGACUCAGCUUGGCACUUGGAAUCCGACUGUGGGGACUUCCUGCGCAUCUCUGUGGCUGGGUUAUUACGUCUGUGUUGGUGUUUGAGCUGGAAUGGAGUAAUUUACACAGAGUAGCUCAUCGAGGCAUUAAUUUCCAUUGA